UAAGGAGCGUUUAUGUCUGCCUCUCAAGAUGGGCCUGGGAAAGGUGAACAUCUACACAUUAGGCAUGCAGCUCAUUUUGGAGACGGAUUUUGGCCUGAAGUUGGCUUUUGACUGGAACACUUACCUCCUUGUGACUUUGCCCCGAAGCCUCUACAACAUGUCCUGUGGCCUGUGCCAGGGCAUGCCCACAGCCAGCACCCUCACCACCACGGACUGGAGCAUGGCCUGGGCAGACAGGGACACUUUCUGUCAGGUGGGCUGCGGAGACUCUUGCCCGCGAUGUGGCCUGGGAGACAAAAGUGUGCUCACUGACGCCUCUCUGACCCUGGCUGAUGGCGGUAUGAACACCGGUGCUGCUGAUGGCGUCAGUGAAGUCAACACAGGCAUACGCUUCCACAUUGGAAAUGGUCUUUAUGUGUUUGUUGAGCCUGAGGCUGUCAGGCUGUGUGGGCUUAUAACUGACAGAGGAGGUGUGUUUGCCCGCUGCCACAGCAAGGUGGCGCCAGCAUUCUUCUAUCAAAGCUGCUUGCAGGACACUUGUUUGGACCAGGGAGCUCAGGAGACCAUAUGUAACUGGCUGCAGAUCUAUGCCAGCACAUGUCUAAUUCAAGGUGUGACAGUUUCUGGCUGGAGGAGUGAGACACCGUGUGUCUACAGCUGUCCACCGAACAGCCAUUACUCCAGCUGCGUGCCAGCCUGCCCGCCACAGUGUGCCCCCGCCCGAGGUCAAAGGGAUUGCAGCCAGGACUGUGUGGAGGGCUGUCAGUGUGACCAGGGCUACGUCCUCAACGGCAAGAACUGCAUCUUACCUCAAAAUUGUGGCUGCUACACGGACGGCAAAUACUACGAGCCCAAACAGCUCUUUUGGAACAUGGACUGCACCAAACGCUGCCAGUGUAUUGGACGAAACCUGAUUCAGUGUGACCCAAGGCGCUGCAAAAGUGAGGAAGAGUGCACUCUGCGCCAUGGAGUCCGAGGCUGCUCUGCGCGUCGCUCCCAACACUGUGUGGCGUCUGGUGGAGGAGUCUUCAAGACGUUUGAUGGAGCCUCACUGCGACUCCCGGCCUCCUGCUCCUUUGUCUUGUCCACAAACUGUCAUAAACUUCCUGACCUCUCCUUCCAGAUCAUUGCAAAUUUUGAUAAGUGGAGCACACCUAACCUGACCACCAUCUCUCAUGUCUACCUGUACAUCAAUGAGGAGAACAUACUCAUAUCUGGCAAUACAGUGAAGGUCAAUGGCACUCCAGUGUCUGUGCCAUUUCUAACAGGGCUGAUGACACGUCUGUUUACAUCUGAAGGUUUCAUUGUCAUUGACACACCCCAGGACAUCCAGGUUCGGUACAAUCGCUUCAACACCCUCAGUAUCACGAUGGGACAGCGGCUACAGAACAAAGUGUGUGGCCUCUGUGGUAAUUUCAACAGUGACCCCAGUGAUGACUACAUCACAUCCAGGGGCAAGCCAGCUGUCAGCGCCCUGGAGCUGACCCAGAGCUGGAAGACUAAUGGUAUGCAGAACAGUUGUGAUGAGACUCAGUACGUGGCGCUGGCCCAGUCCUGUGACAACACUGCAGUGAUGGCCCUGCAAGCUGAAGAUGCCUGCCAGAAGCUCACUCAGCUGAAAGGCUUCUUCCAGCCGUGUCACGGCCUGUUGGAUCCUCACCCCUUCUACCAGUCCUGCUAUCUGGACGGCUGUUACAAUCACCAGAAGGCUCAGGUCUGUGGCUCCCUCGCAGCGUACGCAGAGGCCUGCCGCUCACUGGGAACUCUCACCACCAAGUGGAUCACGCAGGAGAACUGCUCAGAAUGGAUCUAUGACCCCUGUGCAGGAGAGAUUUGUUCAAACUUCACGUCCUGUGAGCUUGAGAAUGGAGGUGACCUUUGUGGGUGUCCAGAAUUACCCACCACCACUGGAGGUGAUGAUGACAUUAUCCAGGCUGAGGUAACCUGUAAACAUGCUCAAAUGGAGGUUUCCAUUUCCAAGUGCAAACUAUUCCAGCUGGGUUUUGAACGGGAGGAUGUGAGGAUCAACGAUGAGCGUUGCUCAGGCAUAGAGGGAGAGGACUUUAUCUCCUUCCACAUCAACAACACUAAGGGACACUGUGGCUCUAUCGUACAGUCGAAUGGCACACACAUUAUGUAUAAGAACACGGUGUGGAUUGAAAGCGUCAACAACACUGGAAACAUCAUCACAAGAGACCGGACCAUUAACGUGGAGUUCUCCUGCGCCUAUGAAUUGGACCUGAAGAUCUCGCUGGAGACGGUCCUCAAACCCAUGCUCAGUGUGAUUAACCUCACGCUUCCAACCCAGGAGGGAAACUUUAUCACCAAGAUGGCUCUGUACAAGAACUCCUCAUACCGUCAUCCAUACAGGGAGGGUGAGGUUGUUCUCAGCACACGGGAUGUCUUAUUUGUAGCUGUCUUUGUGGAAGGAGCCGAUGAAAACCAGCUGAUCCUCAUCGUAAACAUGUGCUGGGCCACACCGUCUCGCUACAGCAGUGACCGACUCCGCUACAUCAUCAUUGAGAGAGGGUGUCCAAACAUCAAAGACAACACCAUUGGCAUGGCAGAGAAUGGAGUGUCUCUUACCUGUCGCUUCCAUGUCACUGUCUUUAAGUUCAUUGGUGAUUAUGAUGAAGUCCAUCUCCACUGUGAUGUUUCCCUCUGUGACUCAGACACUAAUGCAUGCAAAGUGAACUGUCCACACAAGAGAAGAAUGUACUCUGAGGACAUGGACCAUAAACAGCACAUACUGACUGUGGGGCCCAUCAGAAGGCGAGAUUCUGACUGGUGUGAGGAGGACAACGGAGGCUGUGAACAGAUCUGUACCAGUAAGGGUGACGGUCCUAUCUGUAGCUGUGUCACCGGGACGCUUCAACAAGACGGAAGAAGUUGUCGGGAUGUGAGCUCCAGCUGCAGCCUGACACCGCUGGUUCUUCUGCUGAAUCUCAGUGUGGGCGUGUCCACGCUGCUGACCCGUGUUCACUCCCCUCUCCUCCUCUCCUAACGUACUGUGAGCAAACAAAGACUUCAAACACAAAUGGAUACUGGAACAGACGCACCACGUCUCAGCGUUAUUAGUUAGUGUAGUCUAAUGAGCUUAGAUAGUGAUGACCGUGCUGGAG